AUGAUUAGAAACCUACCGCUCGCUCGCACGGAAGGCGACCAACUAACACCCCCUACCCCCCUAGGGAUCUAUCGCUCGCACAAAAGGCGAUCAACCAACACCCCGCCUUGGACUAACUGCCCGCACAAAGGCGGUCCACCACUAAUACCCCCUCUAGUUGCCCGCACAAAGGGCACCCCUAACACCUUACCCCCCCUUAAUUAA